UAUUUUAGUAAUCAUAUUUGCUUGCUAGAGAAUAAAUGUGAUUAGUAGGACAAUAUUGAUUGGACCUACAACUAAAAUAAUUUAAUCCUAUAAGGUCACACAUAUAAGCACUAAUUGGAAUGGGCCCAAAAGGCCCGAUGGCAACCGGUCUAUUAAGGGAAAGAAUGUUGGGCCUUGGUUUUGUGUUAACCUAAAACUCUCACAUUAUAAUAGUUAUAAUGUCAAGGAUUUAGAAAUCACGUUCAUUCAAUAUAUCUGACAAAAAGAAAAACACAAAAACCCUAAUUCUAAUUCUCUAAACGCCGUACAUCCCAAACAAAGCAAGAGACAGAUUGUGAUCGUUCUCUUCCGUACUAGCAUACGUGGGAUUCAAUUCGUGCUUGUGGACUGAGUAGAGGAGCAACAAGUGGGGCUCUAAGAUCUUCGAAGCUUGCAUACGAACGGGAGAACACGCUUCAAAGUUAUCAUGUCUGGUGCAAACAACUCUACUUUUAACUUGCGCCCUCUAAUUGAAAACAAACUGAAUGCACACAACUUCCUACAAUGGGAAAAGGCUAUGAGAAUUGUUCUCAGAGCGGAAGGAAAAGAAAGUGUUCUUGAAAAUCCACUCCCUCUUGAACCCCUGCCAGAAAAUGCUACUGAAGCUCAAUGUCGAGCUAAACAAACUCUCCAGGAUAACUCUCUGCAAGUAACAUGUUUGAUGCUUGCUUGCAUGGAACCAGAGUAUCAAAAGCGUUUUGAUGGUCUGGAUGCCUACACAAUAAUCCAGCAACUGAAAACUUUGUUUCAGAAGAAUGCUAGAUUAGGGAGGUUGCAUAGUAUGAUGGUUCAGGACGAGGGGAACUUACCUGGUGAACCUGAACAUAAGGAUGUUCUAAUGGUCAAGAGAGGUAAGCAGUUCAAGAGUAUCAAUGUCAUAGAAGUUAAUUUAGCUACAACUACUUCUUGGGUAUUUGAUACCGCUUGUGGGUCGCACAUUAUUGGUAAUGUGCAAGGACUAAAAAGAAGUAGAAGCUUGGGCAAAGGCGAAGUGGAUCUCCGAGUAGGCAAUGGAGCAAGAGUUGCUGCUUUAGCUGUAGGAGAUUAUAGUUUACGCUUGCCUUCUGGUUUAAUAUUAGAACUUUAUAAUUGUUAUUACGUUCCAGUUAUUACCAAGAACAUAAUUUCUAUUCCGAUUUUGGACUCGGAAGGUUUUUCAUUUCAAAUUAUGAAUAAUUGUUGUUCAGCAUAUUUGAAUGGUAUGUUCUAUGUCUCUGCUAAAUUAUCAAAUGGUUUGUAUGUACUAGACUUACAAAACCAUAUCUAUCACAUAGAAAACAAGAAACACAAACCAAAUGAUUUGAACCCUACUUACCUAUGGCAUUAUGAGGAGGCACUGCAAUUAUUCUCAGAGCUUAUGUCAUGUAACAUACAACCUAAUGAUGUCACUUUCCUCGGAGUUCUGACAGCCUCUACUUACAAGGGCAAUGUCAAUCAAACAAAAGAAUUUUUCCUGUUAAUGUUUGAAAGAUACAAACUUAAGCCAUUAAUUAAGCACCAUAAUUGCAUGGUUAAUGUGUUGGGCCAAGCAGGCUUUCUUAAUGAGGCACAACAGAUAAUAAAAGAGAUGUCAAUAGAACCAGAUGCUAUUAUAUUGGGAUCACUGCUAAGUUCUUGUAGGAAGCAUGGAAAUAUUGAGAUGGCCAUACGGGCUGGAAAACAUAUUCAGGAAAUUGACUCUAAAGACAGUUCAGCAUACAUACUUAUGUCUAAUAGCGAAGGCCAUCAAAUAGCGAGUUGA